AUGUCGGCUAAGUACAACCUGAAUUUGCCGACCCUGAUGACCCGCAGCAUGGCGCUCUACAAGCGCUGGAGUGCUCGCUUGCCCACCAGCAGGUUGAACAGCUGGCUGCAGGCUUGGAUGCUACGGUGGCCACCCCCGUGGAAAGACGGUCAAAAGUGCAAUGUCAAGUACAUGACACAGACCCGAGCGCGGCCUCCCACUUUCGUGCUUUGGACGAACUCCACAUAUGGGAACUUCCCCGAGAACUACCUGCGACACAUGCGGAAUGGCAUGCGCGAUGAGUUCCGCAUCAGUGGUGUGCCGAUCCACUUCAUGAUCCGCUCCACCUGUAUGCCAAAACCACGAAAGAAGAUGACCAAGGCGGAAGUGCUGAAAUGGAAGCGAAUGGGGCCUAAACAGGCAAAAGUUGCAAUGAACCUCAACAAGAAGAGGAUGCCACGGCCAUUGAAGCAAAUUGAUUGA